CGCCGUUUCUGCUCCAGCCGGGUCCGCCCUCCACCCCCUCGCCCCAGCCAGGGGAUCCGCCGGGACCGCAUCUCCCGGGAGACGCCCUUUCUCUGUGCGCCCGGGACUUGGUGAAACUUUGCCGGAGCCGGCGGCGAAAUGGAGGUAAUCGGAGGUGUCUUGCUCCGACUCCUGCUCCUGGCUACCAGCCUCCGACCAGGCGCCGUGUCGCUCCGAGCUGCUCUCCGAAAACCAGGCAAGGUAGGGCCUCCUCUUGACAUCAAGCUUGGAGCCUUGAACUGCACAGCUUUCAGCAUCCAGUGGAAGAUGCCAAGGCACCCUGGGAGCCCCAUUGUCGGGUACACGGUCUUUUACUCUGAAGUCGGCACGGAUAAGUUCCUGCAGGAGCGGUCGCAUGGGGUGCCCCUCAGCCAGGACACCCUGGCCACUGAACAACGUGAUCACCCAGUGAUUUUUGAGGAAGUGAUCGGAGAUUUGCAACCAGGCACUGAAUAUCGAGUGAGUGUAGCAGCUUACAGUCAGGCUGGCAAAGGACGGCUCAGCUCUCCUCGGCACAUCACCACCUUGUCGCAAGAUUCCUGCCUGCCUCCUGCUGCGCCCCAGCAGCCACACGUGGUCGUGGUCUCUGAUUCCGAAGUGGCCCUCUCCUGGAAGCCUGGAGAGAGGGAGGGAAGCUCCCCUAUUCAGUACUAUUCUGUGGAAUUCACCAGGCCAGAUAUCGACAAGAGUUGGACCUUAAUCCAAGAGCGGAUCCAGAUGGACUCCAUGGUCAUCAAGGGCCUCGAUCCAGAUACCAACUACCAGUUUGCCGUGCGGGCUGUGAAUCCCCAUGGCCCCAGCCCCCGAAGCCGGCCCAGUGACACUGUCCGAACCCCCGGCACCGAGGAAGCAGGCAGUGGCCGCUAUGGACCCCAUUACGUCACCGACGUGGGAAUCAGUGAUGACGAUGACGGAUUUGAAGAUGACUUAGAUUUGGAUAUUUCCUUUGAGGAGGUUAAACCACUUCCUGCGACCCAAGGAGGGAAGAAGAAACUCGUGGUGGAAAAGAAGAUGACGUCCUUGCCUAACCCCAAGGCCGCUCCCAGGCUUGUGCCCCCUACCUCAGCCUCGCUCCCCACGCCCGAGGUGGCCCCCCAGCCCACUCCAGAAGAGCGGAAGGGGACGAAUGGCAUGGCCACGAUGCCCAGGCUCUUUGACGCGUCUUGUGAUGAAACCCUGUGCUCUGCCGACAGCUUCUGUGUCAAUGACUACACGUGGGGGGGCUCGCGGUGCCACUGCAACCUGGGGAAAGGUGGCGACAGCUGCUCGGAAGAUGUUGCCAUACAGUACCCUCAGUUUUUUGGCCACUCCUACAUCACUUUCGAGCCUCUGAAGAACUCCUAUCAGGCAUUUCAGAUUACUCUUGAGUUUAGGGCAGAGGCGGAGGAUGGCUUACUGCUCUACUGUGGGGAGAGCGAACACGGGAGGGGCGACUUCAUGUCCCUGGCCAUCGUCCGACGCUCCCUCCAGUUCAGGUUUAACUGCGGAACUGGGGUUGCCAUCCUCGUGAGCGAGGCCAGAAUCAAGCUGGGGGCGUGGCACACGGUGACGCUCUACAGGGAUGGGCUGAACGGGCUGUUACAGCUGAACAAUGGCACCCCGGUGUCGGGCCAGUCCCAGGGACAGUACAGUAAAAUCACCUUCCGGACACCGCUCUACGUUGGUGGAGCUCCCAGCGCUUACUGGUUGGUCCGAGCCACAGGAACCAACCGGGGCUUCCAAGGCUGUGUGCAGUCGCUGGCGGUGAAUGGGAAGAGAAUUGACAUGAGGCCCUGGCCACUGGGCAAAGCACUCAGCGGGGCUGACGUGGGGGAAUGCAGCAGCGGAAUCUGUGACGAGGCCUCGUGCGUCAAUGGUGGCACCUGCACGGCGGUCAAGGCCGACUCCUACAUCUGCCUGUGUCCGCUCGGAUUCAAAGGUCGCCACUGUGAAGACGCCUUCACCCUGAGCAUCCCACAGUUCAGAGAGUCUCUGCAGUCGUUCGCCGCCACGCCCUGGCCCCUGGAGCCCCGGCAUUACCUGUCCUUCAUGGAGUUGGAGAUCACCUUCCGGCCGGACACGGGAGACGGGGUCCUCCUGUACAGCUAUGACACGGACAGCAAGGACUUCCUGUCUCUCAACAUGGCGGGGGGCCACGUGGAGUUCCGCUUUGACUGUGGCUCUGGGACUGGUGUUCUCAGGAGUGAAGAACCCCUCACCCUUGGCCACUGGCACGAGCUACGGGUGUCUCGCACAGCAAAGAAUGGGAUCUUGCAGGUGGAUAAGCAGAAGGUGGUUGAGGGAAUGGCAGAGGGAGGCUUCACGCAGAUUAAGUGCAACACAGACAUUUUUAUUGGUGGAGUCCCCAAUUACGACGAUGUGAAGAAGAACUCGGGCGUCCUCAGGCCAUUCACCGGGAGCAUCCAGAAGAUCGUCCUGAAUGACCGAACCAUCCACGUGAAACACGACUUCACGUCCGGCGUGAACGUGGACAAUGCCGCCCAUCCUUGCCUGGGGGCCCCCUGCACCCAUGGGGGCAGCUGCCGGCCCCGGAAGGAGGGCUAUGAGUGUGACUGCCCCCUGGGCUUUGAGGGGCUGCACUGCCAGAAAGCCAUCACAGAAGCCAUUGAGACCCCGCAGUUCACAGGCCGGAGUUACCUGAUGUAUGACAACCCAGACAUCCUCAAGAGGGUGUCAGGCUCAAGAUCAAAUGCAUUCAUGAGGUUUAAGACAACCGCCAAGGAUGGCCUGUUGAUGUGGAGGGGAGACAGCCCCAUGAGACCCAACAGUGACUUCAUUGCCCUGGGCCUUCGGGAUGGAGCCCUGGUGUUCAGCUACAACCUGGGCAGUGGUGUGGCAUCCAUCAUGGUGAAUGGCUCCUUCAACGAUGGUCGGUGGCACCGAGUCAAAGCUGUUAGGGAUGGACAAUCCGGAAAGAUAACUGUGGAUGACUACGGAGCCAGGACAGGGAAAUCACCGGGCAUGAUGAGACAGCUCAACAUCAAUGGAGCUCUAUAUGUGGGUGGAAUGAAGGAAAUCGCUCUGCACACCAGCAGGCAGUACAUGAGAGGCCUCGUGGGCUGCAUCUCUCACUUCACCCUGUCUACGGAUUACCACGUUUCCCUCGUGGAAGAUGCUGUAGAUGGGAAAAACAUCAACACUUGCGGAGCCAAGUAACGCCAGCUGGCCUUGCCCAAGGGACAGAGCCUCUAACCUGAGAGCCCUGGGGCCCCUGAGCCCCAGCCUGAUGCUGGACACAGGAGCCCGGGGACCAGGUGUGUUUGCUCUCAUCAAGGGGAGAGCACACCCUGAUGAGAAACAGAACCAGCACGGGAGUCCCUGGGUGGCCUUUCCUGCCGACACUCUGUGGGCCAAACCCAAAGGAACACUCUGGGUCGGGAGCAUCAGACUUUGCCCAUUGAAUGUGUAGUGGCUGCCAGAGUUCAUACAUCAGUGAAAUUCCAGAGCCUGUCUGGUGUAGCUCACUGACUAUGCUGUGAUUCAUAGUGCAGAGAGAGGAGAGGGGGGACAGACACCCACGGGGGCAGUAUUGAAACACUUCUCUCUUGCCCUGACUAAUGACAUUCUUACUGACAGCAGAAUGACUGUGUGACCUUGAACUUCACAUUUCCCUUCUUGGUCCAUGGAGUAUUCAUUUUAGCCACUUCCCCUCCUCACUGGCUGGUUCCAUACACUCUGACUAUUCCACGAAAAUAAAGAUUGGGGGGAGACCAAGCCUGGAAUCGUAAUCGUAAUGUGGCCCUCUUUCCCAAAGUUCCCUCAUAAUGCAAAAUCCCCACUUUUUAUAACGCAGUUCUAAGAAAAGGGGCCCCAUGAUUUUGUAGCUGUACUUUUGUAUGUGUAUAUUUUUAUAGCUGCAGACUACCAUACAGUAUACUUUUGGAAGUUUGAGCGGACCAUCUGAAUUCUUGCAUACUUUCCUAAAAACUUUCUCCCAAGGGAGACUCACUUAGGCCAUGUGUGAUGUCAGUGGAGUGGGACCAAUGACUUGGGUGGGCAACUCGGGGGGCUGAACCAUUCUCCUCCAGGAAAUGUUGAUGGCUCAAGGGGAUGGAAAUGAAGUUUCCAAAAUAAGCAGAUUAAAAAGAACAUGUGUU